AUGGUCAACAAAGGUCUGCUGGACUCAGGGGCGACACACCCUUUGCGAGCCAAGAGAAAGGGAGAACGUCUUCACCAUCUACCAAAGGUCAAAGUGACGCUGGCAGGUGACAAGGAGAUCUACAUGGCACUCACUCCAACGGGAGUCAUUGUGGGCGAAGAAGGCACGGAGCCCAUAGUGCCCAUGGGGUUGCUGACCGCAGUCCUUGGUAAGCUGGAGCUGGUGGUUGAAGCUGGAUGUCCGAUGGUGUCACAGGCCGCCAAGGCCGUGAAGGUUGUGAAAAGUUUGAAAACGGGGGAAGAUUCAGAAGUGGCAUGGUUGAAAAGGCUUGUUGAUGAGCACCCAGCUCUACAAGGAAUCCCUGAGGAGGUCAAAAGAAGCUUGGUGGAGAAGCCUGCUCCGAACAUCCUACCGUUGGGCAACAGAAGAAGGAGGAAACUUUGGAGGACGAAGGGUAUGAUGAUCCAUGCCUUUUUAGGAAAGAAUGAGGGCUACACAUUGGGAAGGGCGUUUCAUGAAGUUGGAGGUGAUCGUCGAUUGAUGCAUGAGUUUGACAUCACCCAUGGAACGCCUGAAGCAGAUCUGUCCCCUGAAGGUGAGGCCUACCCGCUCUUGUUGAGGGCAGCUUUGGAUGGAUUGGUGAAGGGUUGGAUAGCCGGGCCACCAUGCAGGACCAGAUCGGUUCUCAGACAUCUUGAAGUUCCAGGGGAAGCCAUGCCGAGACCUCUGAGAAGUUGGAAUGGAGGGGAGUUUGGCAUAGAAGGGCUUUCGAACUUUGAGAAAGAGCAGGUCACUUUGGAUGAUACGCUGCUGAUGCGGUUUUUGGUUCUCUACAUUGUGUCGGAGACGGUGCGCAGAGCAGCUGGGUUAGUCACCAACCACUUUGAUCCUGGAGCAGCCUGCCUCACCUGA